GUCUUCACAAUUUCGUUCUCAAUCCUUGGCACACAGGCUCCUCAUUGAUUUUUCCGGUGACGACCCCGAUCCCGUUUUGGUUUAUAUUCCUGUUUUUCUACUCGAUGUUUUCUACACAGUCGUUUUUCGCUUUCAACCUUCAAAAGCCAUAAGCAUGAGUGCGAUCGGUGACUCUUGGGCGCUCGGCUAUGGCAUCCGGGACAAAGACGCGUCCGCGGUCUUGCAAGCAGCCACGGCGCAGCGGCUGCUCGAUAAUGGAUAUGCGGAUCACAGCACGACCGCUGGGCAGAACGACCAGCAGCAGCUCUCCUAUGUGUGCAACGCUCCGGUUGCCGCGUUUUACGACUUGGAUCUCCUGGACCUGCAUUUUCAAAACCUGAUCAAGCUGUUCGGACCAACUUUCGUACACUGCAUGGCCAUCAAGUCUUGUCCCUUUUCCCGAAUUCUGCAGCACGUGCACGCCGCCCACGGAUUUGGCUUUGAGUGCGCAUCUCUAGGCGAGGUGUGGAACGCGAAAAAUGUGAUUGCCGAGGUGCAGAAAAAUUGUGGUGUCAUUGGCGGGAUAAAACCCUUUUGUUCCCAUUCUGCUCCGUCUGGUAGUGUCAAGCCUCUUGUUGAGAAGAAAGUAAUAUCAACGGAAACCGCCCGGAGUUCUUCGCAGAAACAGAACUUCAUCGUGUUCGACAGUCCGUGCAAGACGGAGCGGGAACUGCACUUCGCACUGGAGCACGGGAUUUACAUCAAUAUGGACAAUUUUGCGGAGUACGAGCGCAUGAAGGGCAUUGUGGCGAAGAGAGAAGCGGAAGCGAAGCUUAUCUCUGCACCAAUCGGACUGCGCGUCAAUCCGCUCGUGGGCGCUGGUGAGAUCAAGGCACUGAGUGUGUCCACCCCCGAUAGUAAGUUUGGCAUCCCAAUCACGGAAAAAGACGAGCUGCUCCGCGCUUACCAAGAAUCCCCCUGGAUGAACUCGCUGCACGUGCACGUUGGCAGCGGAAAGAUGGGCUUGCACGUUCUCUCCGCCGGGAUAAGAGUGGUGGUCGAUUUGGCCAAGGAGAUAAAUGCCCGGGCUGGAAAAAAGCAAAUCCAAUACCUGGAUAUUGGGGGCGGCAUGCCGGCCAACUACUUGUCCGACCGGAUUCACCACGGUUCUUACAACGGCGACGAGCCGCUCUUGAUAGAACACAGUGAAGACGAGGACGGCCGCGGGCAGGAGCAUCCAGACGAGACUACAUCAGAAGCUCAAAAGGACCCUCAAAUAAAUAGAUUCUGGUCUUUCGAGGACUACGCGAGCGAGCUGCGCAGCAAAGUGCCAGAGCUUUUUAACAGCGAAUUCCCUUGCGUCGUCACUGAGUUCGGCCAAAGUUUGACGGCAAAGCUGGGUUUUCUUGCGAGCCGCAUUGAGUAUCUGAAAAAGCCCGGAAACAUCGCUAUCCUGCAUUUCGGCGCCGACUGUUGUCCCAGGCAGUGCUACACGACCGCGCACACACGCCGGCUUGCGGUGUUCACAUCGGAUGGGAAAGAAUUCAGCGCAACGAGGACUGGAACAUCAAACACAAAGUCUAAGUUUUCCUUCGCCGGGCCACUUUGCUUUCAGGGGGACUUUCUUGCCAAAGACGAAGAGUUUCCCGCGGAGUUGCAGGUGGGCGAUUUGUAUCAAAUGUAAAAAUGUCUGGCGGGUCUGGAAGAUUCUGAGACUUGUGAUGCACGUUUUGCAUGACCCAUGAUGUCUGUGAUGCAUGCCCUAGCAUCACAGAUGUUUUGAGGGCAUCUUUAUGCCUAUUCCUAUGCCUAUCUCACCUCCAGGGGGGGCGCGCGGACCUCGCUUGCCAUCUCGUUUGGUUUGUGAAAGUUCCAGCCUCUCAUGAUGACGCGUAAAAAAUCCAUUUUACAGCUACCGCUUCGCUUUGCAAACACCGCAUUCGAGGUAGUGCUGACCUGUUUUGUACCGUAAUACGCAAUUGUCUGACAUUUCAAAAAAACAAAAUUAUUUCAUCUUCUCGUCGCCAUCAUAAGUACCUUGAGGUGCCGCACACCUCUAUCUCUAGUUUCUUGUUGAUUACUUCUCGCUCGUUCGGUCGCGCAUGUGCGGUGCAGCCCGCUCAGAGUUUUUUGUUUUUCAUGCGACUCUGCAGCCCUCACGCAUAAAUUUUUGCAUGUUUCAAGUCCUUGGACUUUUAUGGGCUCACGCACAUCCGAGAUCGGGGGGGUGGGAGGGGGUCCUCAAGCCAGAAAAAAACCUCUCCAAGUGAAAGUAGGGGAGUUCAAGGUGCCUAUUCCGCAUGACAAAUGCCCUCUCCGCGUAGCAAAAAUCGCAUUGCCCUUGCUGCUCAUGCAAUACAGAUUUUUUUGGAAUCCAAAGGCAGCAUCACAAGUUGCAUUCUUCCAGACCCAGACAUUUUUACAUUUGAUAAUUUGGUGGUGCUUAAAGACACGGGCGCGAACAGCAUCAGCCUCUUUUCUCGACAUUGUUCCCGAUUGUGUCCUAUCAAAUGUAAAAAAGUCUGGGUCUGGAAACUUGUGAUGCUGGGUGGCGUCUCAUGAUGAGGCUACAGAUGCUGGCUCAGCAUGACAAGUUUCUGAGUUCCUAGGUGUUGCCUAUUCUGCAUGACAAACUGCGCUUCUGCAUCACAGAAAAACGGAGCUCUUGGGUAACGUGCAUGACAGAUUUAAGAGUCAUGCCAGACAAGCAUGACAAACAUGAAUUCUUCCAGACCCAGACAUUUUUACAUUUGAUAUGUCCACCGGUGAUCGGAUUUCGUAGGCCAGAUGAGACCUCUCCGGACGUCGUUAAGUUCUACGAAAUCAAGCCCAGAGAGCGGCUGGACGAAUUGUGCGCGUUCUGGGGCGGGAGUAGCGGUACAACUGUCAUGGGUGGUGGUGGUGACCAGUCGACGGCAAUAAACAGAGCGAGUGGAAGACGAGAUAGUUACCUGAUAACCCCCACAGAAGAACCGUGUUGUACUUGCUCUUGCUUCGACUUCGUGCCUCGUUGGCUCCUCAAAGCCGGAAUUAAGCUCUCGAGCGUUUAAGAAGAAGUAGAUAAGUACUUAUGUGGUUAUGUAUUGCGAACCGAGAACAGUGAUGGCACUCACGUCAGCAGGACGGAAUUCGUUGUGCUAUCGGAAGCUCCUGCG